AUGGGUCAAGCCUUUCGGAAGCUCUUUGAUUCUUUCUUCGGCAACACCGAGAUGCGGGUUGUGAUGCUGGGACUGGAUGCAGCUGGUAAAACAACUAUACUUUACAAGCUACACAUUGGAGAAGUUCUAUCUACGGUCCCUACAAUAGGUUUCAACGUGGAGAAAGUACAAUAUAAGAAUGUGGUGUUCACUGUUUGGGAUGUUGGAGGCCAGGAAAAAUUACGACCACUUUGGAGGCAUUAUUUCAAUAAUACUGAUGGCUUGAUUUAUGUGGUUGAUUCCUUGGACAGAGAGAGGAUUGUCAAAGCAAAGGAAGAGUUUCAGGCCAUAAUCAAAGAUCCGUUUAUGCUUAACAGUGUCAUCUUGGUGUUUGCCAACAAACAGGAUAUGAAAGGUGCAAUGACUCCAGCGGAAGUAGGCCAAGGGUUGGGCCUAUUCGAACUCAAAAACAGAAAAUGGCACAUACAAGGGACGUGUGCGCUAAAGGGAGAUGGGUUAUACGAGGGCCUGGACUGGGUUGCUAGUACUCUGAAAGAGAUGAGAGCUGCUGGAUACUCUUCAGUUGGACCCUCAGCAUUCUGA